AUGUUGGAUGUCACCAGACAAGAGCUUUUGAAGUACGGAGAAAACACUUCAGUAAGAGGGAUACCAAAAUUUUUCAAAUCCAAAGACAUUUUCCUAAAACUCCUAUGGCUCGUUUUCUUCCUCGGGUCCACUGCAGUCAUGAUCUACCUCUUGGUUCUGCUCUUUACAAGGUACUACUCCUGGCCCGUUGCAUCAAAGUAUGGAGAAAAAAUUGGUCAUAAUUUAGCCUUCCCCGACAUUACAAUUUGCAAUUUGGACCCACUGGCGGAAGGAGAACCCACGGAGUUAUCGUUGAAUUUUUAUUUAGAAUUCGUGAUCAAAAACCAAAAUUUUAUGAUGGAUGCAUUGAAGGGUAGUGAUAACGACACUGAUUUUGUGGACAAAUCAAUAAAUACAGAUGAAUUUAUUAGAACAAUGUAUGACGAGAUUUUUUCAGUUCCAGGUUAUAUAUUAAAUUUAAGAAAAGAUCGUCCAAAAUCUAACGAUUGCCCAAAUUUCAUCGUCGACUGUAAUUUCUUUGGGAUGGACUGGUUUGGGAUUGAAAAUCCAUGUUCCGCAGCCAACUUUUCGAGACGUUGGAAUGCAAAUUAUUACACGUGCUACACAAUGAGAACGAGCAACUUGACGACAUCUAACCCGACAAUUAGAGGGUUAAGUUUGUUGUUGAACGUCGGUCCACCCAAUCGCAUACAAGUACCUUUCAAAUCUUCACUGACGAGUUCCCAGGCCAGAGGAGUGCAGGUGAGUGUACACAGUCCUGGCACUCCCCCUGACCUUAAGCGAGGCUUCAGUAUCGCUCCUGGAACUGAAAGUAUCGUCGACAUUGUUCAAACUGAAAGAACGCGUCAAGAUAAACCCUACAAUGAACUAGGAUGCACUCGAGAGAAAACGAUGCCUCACUCACCUACAGACAAAUACACAUCUGAUCUCUGCUUGGAAUAUUGUCAUCAAAACGUUACACAAAGUUUAUGUGGUUGUAUGUCACAUAUUUUAAGCAUACCGGACUCUUAUUUCAACAAUGUUACUCUGUGUGGAAAUUACAGUCUAUACGAUACGUCCAUAAAUGUACUAGAAUCAUUCCUAAAUACUACUUUAGAAUUGAUCUGCGCUCAUGCAUUAUUCGAUCCUAAGAUAGAAGAAAACUGUGUGAAUCAGUGUUUGAUGCCUUGUAAUGAGACUAUUUAUGAGACAUAUUAUUCAUCUACAUCCUGGCCCCAACCAUCGGUUCAACUCAGUCUAUUUCAAAAUUAUUUCGUAGAUAGUGAUUGCCUAGCUUCAAAUGCCAAUGUCAGUGCAAGAUUUGCCAACUAUCUGAAGGUUUUCAAAAAUUGCACCAAAAUUACUUGCGAGAUUCCUUACUACAGCAAUUUAACUCAAAUUGAAGAGUCAUUUUUGCAGAUCAAAUUUUUAAUGAAGCAAAACUUUCCAUAUUAUUUGGCGGAAAAUCCUGCAUACUCUUGGGACGUGAUGGUUGGAACAGUUGGAGGAAUGUUGUCCCUAUGGUUGGGGAUCACGGCCGCGAGUGGGGUUGAAGUAAUAGAGCUGGUCUACAUGCUGUUCAAACGUUGUUGGGAGAAGAAAAAAUCAAAGUCGAGGACAAAAGAAAUGACUAGCACUGCGGAAAAUAUUUCGUCGAAUGGGGAAAGAAUGCCUUCGGAUGGUACUCAACUUGAUAAAAUUUCUGCUUCUGCUACAAAUAGAAGCAAAACAUCAAACAACGCUACUGAUCAUGGUCAGAGAUCGGAUUUAGAUCUAUUUGAGCAAUUUUACAUCAAUAACAGAGGAUCUAAGAAUAAAAUUAAAAACUCAGCUAACGGCUACUUGUCGGAAAUUUCCUAA